UGGAGGCGACGCGACUGCAGGCUGCUGAUAGGAGAGGAGAGAGAGAGAGAGAGCGAGCGAGCUGUUACCGUCACCUAAUCCAUCCACUUCUCCUCCGUCACUACAACCACAACCUCCUCUGCAACCUGAUCGCCCUUUAAUAAUGCACGGGGAGGUGAACCGAAUAUCAGCGGCCGGGCUUUGAAUGAUGUAUCACACCGGUUACUACAGCACCGCACCGGAGAGCCCGAUCCUGUAGCUGUCACCCGCGGAGAAAAUGUCACAUCAUCAUUUCAUCAAAUGCUGUUGUUUUCAGCUAUGUAACGUGUUCAGGCAGAACAUGGAGAUAGACCAGUGUCUGCUGGAGUCUCUGCCGUUGGGCCAGCGUCAGAGGCUGGUCAGACGCAUGCGUUGCGAGCAGCUGCGGGUCUACUAUGAGCGCGAGCGGACGCUACAGAAGCAGAGCUUCCCCAAGCCCCGCUCCACCUACCGCAAAAAACAAAAAAUCAGCUUCAUGCUCUCAGACAUAAUCCAAGACGCCAUCAUACGACACGAUGACAAAGAGGUGCUGAGGCUGCUGAAGGAGGGAGCUGACCUGAACACAGUGAUUUCCUCAGGAGGAUCUCUGCUCCAUCUGUGUGCCCGCCAUGACAAUGUGUUCGCAGCAGAGAUUUUGAUAGAGAAAGGACUGAAUGUCAACCUGCAGGAUGAGGACCUGUGGACCGCUCUGCAUGUGGCCUGUGCCUGCGAUCAAGCAGAUAUGGUGUUACUGCUGCUGCUGGCUGGAGUCAAUGUGCUCCUGCAGGAUGUGAACGGGAACAUUCCACUCGACUACACCACAGAGGGGACGGAAAGCAGCUACAUCCUCAUCAGGCACCUGGAGGAGAAUGGAGUGGACAUGAGCUCUAUGCACCAGAUGAAGACCCAGCGCUCAUCCACCAUGUUGUCUGACGUGAAGCAGCUGGUUAGCGCCGGGGGCAGCGUCAAUCAACAGAAUGAUGACGGGGUCACUCUGCUACACAUUGCCAGUGCCAGUGGUUAUAAGGAGGUGGUGUCUGUGCUGCUGGAGAAUAGGGCAGACGUCCAUGUAUCUGACAACAACUACUGGACACCCUUACAUCUGGCUGCCAAAUAUGGGCAGACCCACAUUGUGAACCAGCUGUUGAAGCACAAAGCAGAUCCUACUCUUCUGAACUGCAACCAGGACAAGCCCUCAGAUAUGGCUGCUACUGAGCAGAUUGCAGAGAUGCUGAUGAGAGCAGAGGAAUUCUGGGUACAGAGACAGACAGACCCCUCUGCUCCACCUCCACAAUCAGAAGAGCACUGCACAGAUGCCAUCCAGGACAGCAGCCUGCCUAUAAAGAAAUUGGCUACUAUGGCUCUUCCAAUCUCUAGAAGGGACAGUUUGUUGGAGAAGGAGGCCAUGUUCAGGGACUCAGGAGGAGCUCUGACACAGCAGCCUUCACUUGAUAACGGGCUGGAUGGAUCGUAUCCCAGUGCUGCAGGAAAACUGGAGCAGGUGAAACUAAUGCCUCCUGCUCCUAAUGAUGACCUUGCAUCCCUCAGUGAGCUCACAGACAGCAGCCUGCUCUACGAGAUGCAGAAGCGGUUUGCUAAUGACCAGAUAUAUACCUACAUUGGACACAUUCUUCUCCUUUUUAACCCUUACAAGGACCUGCCCAUCUACUCUAAUCUCGUCAGUCAGUUGUAUUUGAGCUCCAGUGGUCGCCUGUGUUCCUCUCUCCCGCCUCAUAUCUUCUCUUCAGCUGAGCGUGCUUAUCACAUGAUGCUGCAGGAGCGACGCCCACAGUGUUUCAUCAUCAGUGGAGAGAGUGGAUCUGGGAAGUCUGUGGCCUGGAAGCACAUCCUGAAACACCUGGCUGCCCGCUCAAGUCCCAAAGGCUUCGCUUUAGAGCCGCGGAUGAAGCAUGUGAAUGCGAUCUUGGAAGCUUUUGGUCAUGCUAAGACUCCGAUAAACUCCUCGGCAAGCCGUUUCAUCAAGCUGAUCUCACUGCAGUACUGUGAGAAGAGAAAGACUCUACUCAGAGGCCGUCUGUACACUUACAUGCUGGAGAAGUCGAGAGUCAUCUGCACUCCGCUGCUUCAGCAGAACUUUAACAUCUUCUACCUGAUGGCUGAGGGGCUUUCAGCAGAGGAGAAGAGAAAUCUAUAUCUAAACAAUGUCCUAGCUCACAGGUGUAUGAGCACAGCGCCUCCCGGUGAAACUCCUGCAGUAGCUACAGCGUGUCCUCAGAGCAGAGAGAAGCUCUCGGCCCUUAAACAGGCUCUGCGUGCCCUCGGCUUCAACACACUGGAGGUGGAGAAUUUGUUUGUGGUCCUUUCUGCGCUGCUGCAUCUGGGAGAUGUGCGCUUCACCGCCCUGACAGACGCUGACACUGCGUUUGUGUCUGACUUACAGCUGCUAGAUAGAGUGGCUGGGAUGCUGCAGGUGAGCUCUGAAGAUCUAGGCUCUGCCCUCACCUCUGAUGUGCAGUGUUUCAAAGGUGAUGUCAUAACAAGGCGCCACACAGUCGAAAUGUCAAACCAUCACAGAGAUCUCUUGGCUAAAGCUCUGUAUGGACGACUCUUCAGCUUCUUGGUCAAUAACAUUAACUUUUACCUCCAAGGCCAUGAAGAAAGCACUGGUGAUCCUGCCCUUGAGAUAAGCAUCCUGGACAUCUUUGGCUUUGAGGAAUUCCAGCGCAAUGGUUAUGCAAAGCUGUGCGUGAACAUGGUGAAUGAGCGGAUAAGGCAGUUCACCGCAGACGUGCUCUUCCAGCAGGAGCAGCAGGAAUGUCUGCAGGAGGGGGUUGCCAUGGAGAUGCUACGCUCCCUCGGCAACCAGACAGCGGUGCUGGACUUCUUCUUCCAGAAGCCUCAGGGUGUGCUGUGUAUCAUUGAUGAGGAGAGUCAGUCCCUCAAGCCAUGUGAAGUCAACCUUUAUAAGCGACUGCAGAUACAGCUGGAUUCCUCUGGUACAGACACGGUGUCACUCACAACGAAGGAUGGCAAUGGGAACCCCCCACCCAAAGACCAGGGGCCAUCAUUUACCGUCACUCACUAUGCCGGCAAGGUGACCUAUGACCUGACUGGCUCACUGGACAAGAACAAGGAUGUUCUUCCCCAAAACAUCUUGUUUGUUAUGAAAACAAGUGAGAACGUGCUCAUCCAUCAAAUGUUCCAGUGUAAGCUGACUCAGACAGGCUCAUUGGUUCCUCAUCACCAGCGGCUGAAUCUCCGAGGGUCCAAAGGCACUUUGCUUAACAAGAGCACUACGCUAAAUCCUGCCAGAGAUGCCAAAAAAUAUGUGGAACUGAACAAGCUCCUGAAGAAGAAGGGAGCGAUGUCCUUCCUGCAGAGACUGGAGCGUUGUGGACCUGUCACUGUGGCAGUGCAGCUUAGGAACUCUCUGUGUGAGAUCACCAGUAAGCUGCAAGCGUGUACACCUCACUUUAUUCAGUGUGUCAGGCCCAACAAUGCCGGAAAGCCUGAUGUUUUUGACAGCUUCCACGUGUCCUCACAGCUCCAGUACGUGGGAGUUCUGGAGAUGGUCCGCAUGAUCCGUUAUGGAUACCCAGUCCGCCUGUCUUUCACCAGUUUCCUGUGCAGAUACAGAGAGCUGGUGGACACCAUCCUCACCGACAGGAAGAAAGCAUCCACAGAGGAGAAGUGCCGCCACAUUCUGCAGCAUUGUAAACUUCAGGGCUGGCAGAUAGGGAACAGUAAGGUUUUCUUGAGAUACUGGCAGGCUGAUCACCUUAAUGACCGCUGCCAUCAACUGCACAGGAAGAUUAUUAUCUGUCAGAAAGUGGUGCGUGGUUGGUUGGCCAGACAGUGUGCACGUCACAGGCUCACAUCUCGGCAGCAGGAGCAGUGUACCGUCCAGCGGUUUCUGCAGGGAGCAGAGGACUUGGGUAUGCGUGCAUAUGACAGCCUGGUCAUCCAAAAUGCAGCCGAUAUUGCACGAGAGAAUGACCGCCUCCGGGGUCACAUCAGUGCUCCACCACUGGGUGAACGACCAGAACCUGUAGGCAAAGAAGAAGACUCACCCAAAAGGGCUGUUGAAAAAAGUGGAAGGGUUAACGAUGUGGUAGGGCGUGGUGGGAACAGAACACUCCGGCAUGUCCGCUCCAGCUCUGUGCCUCUCCCCCUGGUUAUGGACAGCUUGGUACACUCCAGCAUCGGGACAUCAAUCAAAGCAGCCCUUCAGCCUGCGGCAUACUUCACUGAGGAGGGGAAUGGAGGGAUCCUCUCCUCCCCACGAAAACAACCUCCUCCCAAACCCAAACGAGACCCCAAUACACGUCUGAGUGCAUCGUACGAGGCAGUGAGUGCAGGGCUGAGUAUUGCACUCAAAGACAGCCCUGCUGAGGGUCAAGGCUCUCCAUCUGGAAGCCCCCCAAAAACCCAACUCUCUCCUUCUGAUCCUCUCUCUAAACCACGCCCUCACAGUGAUGACUACAGCACCAUGAAGAAGAUCCCACCCCCCAAGCCCAAACGGAGCCCUAAUACCAAACUGACAGGUUCCUAUGAGGAGAUCUCUGUACCUUCCCCUGCACGCCACACGGACAUGAAACUUGUCAGCCUGGUACGAGGCGGCCACUGCUUGGGCCUUAUCCAACGAGCAGCAUCUGCGGAUGGCCCCAAUACUUCUGUGCUAAGCCUCUACCCCUGUCAGGAUGAGGAGGAUGUGUAUAUCGAUAUGGUGGGGGCCUCACGAGCCCUCAGCCUGGCUGACUCCCACAGUCCAGAGCUGGGAGAGGCGGUUUACGAGGAAAUGAAAUACUUCCCACCUGAUGAGGCUCCGGUGCUCAAGCCUGAAAAUGUCAAUCCCAGUACCACUACCCUACCUGCCCCAGGGCCAGAAGUCAAGAGGCCUGUGACCUUGAUGGAGCACUCUGGCACUCUCGGAGGAAAGCAGCAGGGCAAGGAUGGGAUGGCAUUUGACAUUCCAGCUCCAUUCCCCAACCUUCUUCAACACCGUCCCCCACUUCUAGUUUUCCCCCCGUCCCCUGUCACCUGCUCUCCAGCCUCGGAUGAGUCCCCCCUCACCCCCCUGGAGGUGAAGAAGCUGCCUGUGUUCGAGACGAACCUCAACUACACCAGCCAAGAUGGGGGCAGCCCACUCUCACCCCAGUACACCCGUCAAAGAGCUGACUCCUCACCGAGUCUUUCUGUCUUAAUGCCAGAAAAGUCCACGCCACCCUUGACUCCUCCUCCCCCUUCGGCAGCACUUCCACCUCCUUACCGCCCCCCAUCCCACUUCCCCUUCCCCCCUGAACCAAACUUGUUGGCUCUGACACGUGCAGCUUCUGUGGCUACCACCGAUUCCCCCAAAGUCUCCCAAAAAAUAGGGCACGGUCUUGCAGAGACACCCCCAAGCAGUUCCAAGCCUCCCUUCUCCCCAGUAAAGACCUCACGGCCAGAGCCCCGCAGAUCUCAUUCCUGCUCCUCCUCACCUCUGCUCUUCAAUCCAGCCAAUGGGAGACCCCUCACCAGCCCUCUGGACGAGCUCAAUACCAUUUUUAGCUCAGGGCGCAGCCUGCUCCGCAAGUCCACCACUGGAAGAAAAAUACGUGACAGCGGACUCUCAAAUUCCAACAUUAACCUGCCAGGUCAAGAGGAUCAAGGCCCCAUCUCUCCAUCAGCACAGUUACAGGACAAAAAUGCCAACAACCACACCUCACCCAGCUCAUCAAACCCAGCACCCAUUGAGAAUGGCAACCAGAUCUCCAAUGGGACAUUGGAAGACGAGGGACAUCCAAAGUCAAAUGCGUCCAGCACCUCGCUGUUACACAGGCACAUGGACAGCCACCACACUCAGGUUCUCCAGAGGUCACGUGUAUGUGGGGAUCAGUGGGCCACUCUACAGGAAUUAUUGUGCUGGCGGAGGAGUGUUUGUGAUGGUCGACCAGACUGGCAGAACGCUUGGCUCCACACAAAUACCUCACCCACCCUAACAGUGAAGACCAAGAGUCCCAGAAAGAAAUCAUCGCCCUAGAGAUUGUGGUCUCCCUGAAACCUCAGUUAAACCCCACUCCCUAGGCCUGAUGGCACUUUUUAAGUUUUGCCCUUCACAUAGGGGUGGCUUCCCCUAAACAGAACCAGACUCUGGACUUCCAGUUUGUUAUUGUUUCUUUCUUCACUUCUUUGAAUGAAAGGUUCCUUGGAAAAUUGUUCCACACCAUCUCUCUAACUAAAGGCCAACUGGGACCAAAUUACAUGAAGUCCCCAAAGACUACCAAGCCCAACUUUGAAAACAUAAAGUAGUCUUUGGGCAGACAAAAGGGGGAAGGCUAUUUUGAAUACCAUUUGCAGUGUCCCAAACAUCACACCAUUUGGAAAAUUGCAAUUUUGGGUUGCUUUGAUCGCAACUCAUCAACGCUAUCUGAGGGCUGUGCAAAAAUCUCAACUAUGUGCUGUAGUCUACAUUGUGGGCCAUAUUUUAGUUUUAAACCCUGGUGCUGGUCGCUCCACGUGUGGUUGUUGUUCACUGGGUUGGGU